GCCUCCGCCAGAGACAGAAGUCUGUCCGCAGAGCUCCGCCGUCUGAAGUUUCUCACUGCUGUUGCUUGGGAAUUUCAUUUCGGAGAUAAACGGGAGCGGGAAUAUCCUAUAGAGGAGCUUUGCUUUAGUGAGCCAGACGUUGCUAUUUUGCGUCCUUUGCGAUAUUAGAACAUCAGCAUUGGGAAAUAUGCGUCUGUCCACACGAAACCACCACUAAUAAACGGUUCCUACGGAAACCUGGGGUUAGUUCCCCUCCUGAGCGGAACAGAGAACUUUUCCCUCUUUAAAUGAGGCUUUGGAUUAUUUAGACGGGAAAAAUAAUCAUGGUCCGACAAACGCUGGAUACAAUUUGGGAUUUUUAAGGUCAUAGAGCGUUUAGAGCAGCAUCGGUAUUUUAAGAGGACUAAGCAGAAUACAGUCAUUUGGAGGGAACAUAUGACAGCACAAACGGCACCUUUUAACGCACGCGGACUCUCUAUCAGAAACAGAAACAUGUAUAUCUAUAUCUACGGCUUUUUGCUCCUUUUAGAUGAGCUUGUGUUCUCCAUGUCAGGCUCUUCCACUCUAUCUGAGUCUGGGCACCAAGAGUCAAUGGACUGUUUAAGAGCCACCGAGAAGUGUAACCAGGACCAAAAGUGCAGCCAUCGCUUCAGGAUCUUGAGGCAGUGUCUGGCAGGCAAGGACAGGAACACCAUGUUGGCCAAUAAGGAUUGCCAGGUAGCCCUGGAAGUGUUGCAGGAGAUGGCUCUGUUCGACUGCCGCUGCAAGAGGGGAAUGAAGAAGGAAAUGCAGUGUCUGCAGAGUUACUGGAGCAUCAACAUAGGCCUGACUGAAGGUGAGGACUUUUAUGAGCCAUCUCCUUACGAACCCAUGACGCCUCACCGACAUUCAGAUGCAUUUCGCCUGGCGUCGAUCAUCUCAGGCAUACAUUCUGGCACAAGUAAAGGCCAGCCACACUGCUCAGAUCCCAGCCGCCCAUGCAACCCCUGUCUGGACGCCACCAAAGCCUGCAACCUGAAUGAAAACUGCAAGCGCCAGCGCUCCAAUUACAUCUCCACCUGCACCCGUGCGCAGACCCAGGGCCAGCAACCCUCACAGCCUCAGUCGCAGGACAGCUGCAACAGAAAGCGCUGCCACAAGGCCUUGCGUCAGUUCUUUGAGCGUGUUGACUCGCAAUACAGCUACGGGCUGCUCUUCUGCUCCUGUAAGGACCAGGCCUGUGCUGAAAGAAGGAGACAGACCAUUGUACCCUCCUGCUCCUAUCAGGACAAGACCAAACCCAACUGUCUUCAGCUGCACAGCACUUGCCGUCUUGACGUGCACUGCAGGUCACGACUGGCUGAUUUCCACACAAACUGUCAGAUGACCCCUCACUCCAUCAGCAGCUGCCUCAACGAUGACUAUCAGGCCUGCCUUGCAUCUUACACCAGACUCAUUGGUACAGACAUGACUCCUAACUACAUGGACUCAGGUCACUCAAACUUCACCAUCUCCCCCUGGUGUACCUGCAGGGGCAGCGGGAAUCAGGAGGAAGAGUGUGAGAAAUUUCUACAGGACUUCAGAGAAAACACCUGUCUCCGAAAUGCUAUCCAGGCCUUCGGCUAUGGGUCGCUACCCAAGCCUGAUCCUCAGCCUACUACAGGCUCAGUGAAACCUGACCUUGAGCCCACUGUCAACAUCCCUAAAACAACUAUGGAACCUGGGGAGGAGCCCUGCAUCAUUUCGUCCUGUGCAAAUUUGAACGCACUUGAUUGCUAUCCAUCAAAAGACUACAUCUGCGAAAGUGAGGUUCCUGGCAGUCCACCUAACACAAGAGUAGAGGACCCCAGAAAUUCAAGUCCAGCUCUAUCUGAUGUUUUGAUGCUCGGUCUGUUGUUUGCUCUUGGAAACCUCGCUAUGUAGACCUACCUGAGCUUCAUAAGCCAGCACAGUGAGGACAAGGUUGAUGGAAACCCCCUCAUGAUCAUCUUCAGACCAAACUCACGCCUCUCUCCUCUAUUGCAGCUUUCUUUCUUUCAGACAAACACCAAACAGAAAGAACACAGAGACACAUAUCGAAAAGACUGCUGCAUCCUCGCCAUGGCCGAAACAGAACAUUGCAUACCGAAUGAGCAAACGGCCAAGAAACAGAUAUUGCGUACUUAGCCGCUUGAGUCCAAAGUCUGGUGCCUGAUUGGUGGACCUGCAACUAAAGACCCAGGCACAGAGCUUUCCAGUCUACUGUACUACUUCCUGCCACCCACACCACCCAUAAAAAAGGGCGUCUCGCAGCACCCAUCAGGCCUGAAUUACCCAUUGUCUGGCACUGGAUUACACCAUCUCUGAGAGGCAUUCUCCAUUCCGGCCCACUGCCCAUUUAUUGGAUUUGCUGCGCUCUUCUUUGACAGCUGCUUUAGCUUUCUCAUUGUGAUUAUUCCUUUUCGGUUCCGUAUGUUUUCCUUCUUUUGUCCACCAGUCAAACAGGAGUAAUUACUUUCCCGUGGUUCUUUUAAACGUGAAGUGUUUGAAGUUUAAACUGUACCCUGUCGACACGGCGCAAGGUGGAUAUCACGGGCGACAUAUCUCUUAGUCACAUUCUGUACUUAGUUUGACAGAUUUGAAAAAGAAAAGAACGUUGAGAUGAAGUUGAUGAAAAUGUACCAGUGGAUCAACAAGAGAAGUAGAUCUUUACAAACGGCUUUCGUGUGGGUUCACAAUGUCAAUGGGCUGCCCACACAUGUAUAAUUUUGUCUGUGAAUAUGAAUGUUUUUCUUUCCAAAAGUACAGCUGUUAAUUAUUAUGUGUUGUCUUUAAUUGAACGAUGAUGAGACUCUAGAGAAAGCAGUGGGAGUGACAAGAACUGCAUGACUGAGGAAGACCUGGAGGUGCUCAUACCACUAACCAUUAUUAGUCACGCCAUAAUCGGUCUCCGGUCUCCAGUUCUACACGAGAAAAACCCUGCCGAGGACGGCUAGCAUUUUGGGGCGUUCAUUGUCAUGUGAAUCAUUGUGUGCAAUUUAUGAUGUGGCCUUACUCUUUGUUUUUCCUCCUCGUUAUUUUCUAGUCGCUGUGUGGAGAAGGUCUAAAAUGUUUCUAAAAAUGUACUCACCCAAUUCACAGGUUCAGUAAAUGCACUAGACACAUAUGACUCUUUUAUCAACAUUCCAAAUACUGAAGUUAUGAACAAAACA